GUCCGGGCUCACUCCUGCGCGCUUCCGUUGCGAUUGCGACUUUGCACCAUUAACACUCCCUGCGUGCGGUGCGUCUGCUUAGGGAGGGGAAGGACAGACUCUCAACGAAGGAGAGACCUUCCCGCAGUUUCUCUCUCUCUUGCAAUCCUCCUCGCCAUGCUAAGGAGGUCCCGCCACGGCGGGGUCCGUCUCGGCCGGAAUCUGCUCGGCCUGUGGCGGCGGGCGCUCUGCGGCCGGCGCCGGCGCCGGGGAGGCUACUGCCGCCUGCAGCAGCAGCAGCAGCCCACCUGCGCCGGCAGCGGCUGCACGCCCGGGCGCGGCGCUACCGCGAGGAAGCUCGCGCCGGUGCUGCGGUGGGGCCGGUCGCUGGCGCGGCGCCUGCGGCUCGGGUGGAGGGCCGCCGGCGGCGGGCACCGGAUGCUGCCGGACGGCGACGGCGAGCCCGCGGUGAGCACGCCCAAGGGGCAGGUGGCCGUGUACGUCGGCGGCGAGGGCGAGGCGUCGCAGUCGCUGCGGUACGUGGUGCCCGUGGUGUACUUCAACCACCCCACGUUCGGCGAGCUGCUGAGGGAGGCCGAGGAGGAGUUCGGGUUCCAGCACCCGGGCGUCAUCAGCAUCCCCUGCCCCGCCGCGCGGUUCGAGCGGGCCGCGGCCCUCGCCGCCGCGGCCAAGAAGGGCUUCGGCAGGUGGUAGGCAGGCAGGCGGGGCGCGCGGUAGUCGUUGAUUAGGGAGGGAGAGACGCCGCACGACGACGGAGGCCCCCUGACCGCCGCCGGCCGGUGGCGGAGGCGGAUGAUGGUGUAUAUGCAUGCAUGUGCGCUUUGCUUCAGAAACGUACGGGGCUGCCUGGCCUAGGCCU